UUGGAUAAGUUCUUUUUUGUCCCUACCCUUAUUUUUUAAACAAAAGUUAUAAGCAACACUUUAUAAUUAUUGUAUCCCUUUCAUACGAUCAUAGGUGAAAGUAAAUGAAUCAAUUAUCAACUUGAGUGUAUGAUGACACUUCAUUCCUUGUCAAGUUUGAGUCUCUUCUUGAAUCAUUAUUAUUCACUUGAGGCUUUUAAAAUAAGGUUUAGUAAGCUUCAAUGUCACAUGGAAAAGUAAUUAAACUUUCUAUAAAGUCAGAACUCAUAAAAGGGUCUCAUCACAAUUCACAAGCCAUGACUUCAGUUUCAAUAAACAAAGAUCCCAGAAUUCCUCAAAACUCUCAAAAGAGCAUAAGAAAUGCAGUUAAAGGUGGAAAAACAUCAAGCAAAGACAGAAAAUUGGCUUUGCAACAAGAUGUUGACAGGUUGAAGAAGAAGCUUAGGCAUGAAGAGAACAUUCACAAGGCAUUGGAAAGAGCUUUGAAUAGGCCUUUGGGAGCCUUACCUCGUCUUCCUCCUUAUCUCCCUCCCUAUACACUUGGACUUGUGGCUGAAGUGGCUGUGCUAGAAGAAGAAAUAGUUAGGCUUGAAGAGAAGGUCUUACAUUUCAGGCAGGAUUUGCAUCAAGAAGCAGUUUACAUGUCAUCCUCCAAGAUGAAACUGGAGCAUUUGGAAGCAGCUUCUGUGAAUAAUGCAAAUCCAAAUGAUAGUACAAAAUUGGAUCAUACUGCAACAUUUUCAACUAGGCCUAAAACUACUCUUCCUGAUGAUAAACAAAGAAAAGAGAUUCAAUCACGUGCUCAUUCUUUCAAGAGCAACAAGAAAUCCAUAUGUAAAGACCAAAUGGCAAAAAUUUCAAUUAAGAAAAUUCCAGUUGACAAUAAACCACUACAGAAACAUUGUGAACCUCCUAAAAAACAGCAGAAAGAACUAAGGCUGAACAACAAACCAAUUGCCGAAGUCAGAAAUCAUCGUCUACAAGAAACUCCACAAGGAGAUGAAAGUCCAAAUAUAAUCUCUGAGAAUAUUCUGAAGUGCUUAACUAGCAUUCUCUUGAGAAUGAGUACACCAACUUUAAAGCCUCUAAAAUCUAAAAACUGCAUUGAAGGAACAGAGUUUUUUGAUCCUUAUGGCAUCUUGGAAGUUGGAAAGAAAGAUAUUGGUCCGUACAAGAAAUUAUGUGAAAGUAUUGAAGCUGAAUCUUUCAAUCCAGCACAAACUGCUAAGUCCUUGUUUCUACUACAUCGGUUGAAGAUUCUUUUGAGACAACUAACAUGUGUUAACAUUGACAACCUCAACCGCCAAGAGAAGCUUGCAUUUUGGAUCAACAUAUAUAACUCUUGUAUGAUGAAUGCUUUCGUAGAAAAAGGCAUACCAGAAAGUCCUGAAAUGGUUGUUGCAUUGAUGCAGAAGGCAACAAUAAAUGUAGGUGGAACCUUGUUAAAUGCCACAACCAUAGAACACUGCAUUUUAAGGCUUCCAUAUCACUGGAAAUAUUUCUUACAGCUAAAUUCCAAACAGAUCACAUUAUUAAAGGAAGUGAAAAGUCAUGAAAUGACAAUAAGAAGCACUUAUGGACUGGAAUUGUCAGAACCCCUAGUCACAUUUGCUCUCUCUUGUGGAACUUGGUCAUCUCCUGCUGUUAGAGUUUACACAGCAUCACAUGUUGAGAAGGAACUAGAAAUAGCCAAAAGAGAAUACUUACAGGCUGCAAUUGGAAUUUCAACAUCAAAGUUUGUUAUUCCAAAGAUGUUGGAUUGGUAUUUACUUGACUUUGCAAAAGACUUAGAAUCAUUGCUAGACUGGAUAUGCCUCCAAUUACCAAGUGAACAAGGGAAAGAAGCAAUUAAGUUAUUUGAGAAAAGAAAAACUGAACCUCACUCACAAUUUGUAAAAAUUAUGCCUUAUAAGUUUAGUUUUAGAUACUUGCUGAGCACAUAAUUUUGUUUCAAUUUUCUGUAUAUAAUUUGUAUACAGCGUUACAGCUCUAGAUCAUACAAAUAAUAGAUGUACAUACAUGUCAUCUAUUCUUUAAUCUCACUUUACAGUUAAAAGAAGCUUUAACCUUCAA